AAGAGCGCCACAGCCCCCAAGUCGGACUCGACAGCGGACAUCCUGGUGGCAGAUCAACAAAGUUACCUUGCUUUAGUUUGUUGACCCAGAACUCACUCGGCCACUCCAGCACGUCCAGUCCUUGUCCUGUCUUGUACAUCCUGUCCUGUCCUGUUCUCCUGGGCCUGUUCGGUUCUUUUAUCCUUCACCCCCCUCCCCCCAAGGGCCUUGUCCUUGCUCGAUGGUGUCACGAUUUUACUUUACUUUUACUUUGCCUUGCCUUGCCUUACACCUCUUCCCCAUACAUUAACUCCCAUACAUAGGCUUCAUGCCUUCCUUCCGCCCCAUCCUUUUCUCACGGAUAUUUUAUCACCUUCCUCCCUCCUUCUAAAUCAACUUCCAUCUCUUCCCCAGAGCCUCAUCUCUCUCCAUCUCAUCACCAUCUAUCUUCCUACAAACUAAUCCCAACACCUUGACAACAACUAAUACAUCACACCAAGUUUCAAUCAUCUCGUUUGAAACAUCGUCCCCAAGAGGCACCUUCAUACACAAACACACACACUUAUAUAUACACACAUAUACACACACACACUCGUCACCAAUCAGUAGCCGUCACCCAAUAUGAACAACGCCGCUCCCAACCAGCAGCGGAGAGGCCCCUGGUCACAAUAUGAGGAUGUGUAUCUUAUGGAACUUGUUCGCACACAUGGAGCUCUGAACUGGGUUCGCAUUGCGUCAACCCUGGGAACCAGAACACCAAAGCAGUGCCGCGAGCGCUAUCAUCAAAACCUAAAACCAACACUCAACCACGAACCCAUCACGCCCGAGGAAGGUGCACUAAUCGAACGACUUGUCGCGGACCUCGGGAAACGCUGGGCCGAAAUUGCACGCCGUCUCAAUGGCAGGAGUGAUAAUGCUGUCAAGAACUGGUGGAAUGGUAGCCAAAAUAGACGCAAGCGCACUGAUCGACGACGUGCUGCACAGGAUCAUCUCGAUACCUACCAAUACCCGAACCGCCCCGGACUAUCCAUCUCUACACCAGCCAUGCCCAUGCCCGGAGCACAACUCUCACCCCUAACUGGCACUGCUAUGCGUCACCCCAUGAGUUCAUGGAUUGAGGCUCCCCUUCCCUCGCCAUGCUCUUCCGACUCUGCUGAAUCCGAAAUGGGAUCCAACUAUACCACAUCACCUUCCCAUCAGACCAUGCAACUCGCUGUGCCCGUCGAACUGCCACCGCUGCGUCACUCAGGCUUGCCAACAGCUGGUGACAGGCUUCCCAGCUUUGACAGAUUGGCUCCUCCUCCCCAUCAUUAUGCGGACAGGCCUGAGUAUCAACCCAGGUUGCCUCCUUUUGCUCCUCAAGCGCAACUCCCCACCGCGCCCAACUCGCCUGUACAGCAGCAGCAGCAAUCGCAAAACCGAAAGACACAAGAUUCCAGGAUGCAUCUCUCGGCCCUCAUGGAUUAAGAUAAUGCCGCAGUUAUACGGUCGAAGAUGGGCCUUGGCCACGCAUGCAAUGCGAUGGUAUGCGCAGUAACGUGUAGAUAUUGAUCUGGCGUGCCGUUAUCGCGAACGUUAUAGGUCGUGACGGAGUCUUACAGGGUCCUGGGGAAUUGGAUUUGGCAAAAGAUACCAGGCGUUCAUGGAAAUGUUUUGGAAUUGAAAGCGAAUGAUGUUCUUACGAAAUGCUAAUAAACCCGAGACAAGACCUCGAAGGAGGGUUUAGUCAAACAAAAUAUACUUUGGAUUAUCCAACUCUUCUGGAUGUCUAUUCUGAUAUGCCCGUGUUGUAAUUGUGUUUUGUAGAUGAACUCAAGGCCAAUGUCUUGCCAUGAUCUGAAGGCUGUAACUUCUGAGGGCCUUGAAUUUGAGUCGGCUG